UAUCUACUACUAUUAGAUAUAGUCAAACAAAGCACUAAGCAGACAUAUAUAUAAAAGGCAACUUAUACCUACCGAUACCAUUCUCUCUCCAACCACAUAUCUUGUCGGAACUCCCACAAAUGGGUCAUCACCUCUUGGAUGCCCUGAACGUCCAGGUGGUCGGCUCCGGCGAGAGGAUCCUCGUCCUAGCCCACGGCUUCGGCACCGACCAGUCGGCCUGGAACCGCAUUCUGCCCUAUUUCUUGCCUCACUACACUGUCAUACUCUACGACCUUGUCUGUGCCGGCAGUGUCAACCCCGACCACUUCGAUUUCCAGCGCUACACCUCUCUCCAUGCCUACGUCGACGACCUCCUCCACAUCCUCGACGUUCUCAGCGUCGAUCGCUGCUCCUAUGUCGGCCACUCCGUCUCCGCCAUGAUCGGAAUCCUAGCUUCCAUUCGCCGCCCGGAGCUCUUCACUAAACUCAUCCUCAUCGGCGCUUCUCCAAGAUUCUUAAACGAUAGGGAUUACCAUGGUGGGUUUGAGCAAGACGAAAUUGAGGAAGUGUUUGUAGCAAUGGAGGCCAAUUAUGAGGCAUGGGUUAAGGGAACGGCUCCGUUGGCGGUCGGAGCCGAUGUUCCGGUGGCAGUUCAGGAAUUCAGCAGGACUUUGUUCAACAUGAGGCCAGACAUAUCAUUGCUGGUGUCACAGACCGUGUUUAGAAGUGAUUUGAGGGGGAUUUUGAAAAUGGUUACGGUGCCAUGUUGUAUUAUUCAGACUGCUAAGGACAUGUGUGUGCCGCCGACGGUGGCGGAGUAUUUGAAGGAUAACCUUGGUGGGCCGAACACGGUGGUGAUGUUGGACAUUGAGGGCCACUUGCCCCACCUGAGUGCGCCGGGUUUGCUGGCUGAGGAGCUCCGACGAGCCCUUAUCCGGUAGAUAAAUUGGACCGUUUUCAGUUGAUCAUCAAAUGACUUAUUUUUGUGUACGACUCUUUUUAUUUUUGUUUAAUGUUUUGAGGAUAAUAUUCUCCACGUGACUAUCACGUGAUUAGGCGCACAGUUUUUUCUUUUUGCUAUUCUCUCAAUCCUACUUUUUUUCUUCUCUCCUUUUGUUUUAUUUGGCAAAGCGAACAAGUUCGACAAAAAACGAAAAUUAUGAAUUAUCAUUAUUAUUAUUAUUACUUCAUGUAUUA